AGAUGCUUGCCGUUUGAGCUCGUGGAAAGGGGGUUCGACGUCUGGUUUGGAAACAACCGCGGCAACAAAUACUCCAAGAAAUCCAUCCACAGCUCGCCCACGUCGCUCAAGUUCUGGGACUUUUCCAUUGAUGAAUUCGCCUUCCACGAUAUCCCCAACAGCAUCGAGUACAUCCUCGAGACGACCGGCCAGCAGAGCCUCUCCUACAUUGGCUUUUCGCAGGGCACCGCCCAGGCAUUCGCGACGCUGGCCAUCCAUCCCAAGCUCAACCGCCAGGUCAACGUCUUCAUCGCCCUCGCGCCCGCCAUGGCACCCGCCGGCCUGUCCAACGGCGUCGUCGACUCCCUCGUCAAGGCCUCGCCGCAGGUGCUCUACCUCAUGUUCGGCAGGCGAUCCAUCCUCAGCUCCGCCACCAUGUGGGAGACGCUCCUCUACCCGCCCCUGUUCUGCCGCCUCAUCGACAUGGGCCUCUCGUUCCUCUUCGGCUGGCGCACGACGAACAUCUCCGCGAGCCAGAAACUCGCCGCGUACCCCCACCUGUACUCCUUCACCAGCACCAAGAGCGUCGUCCACUGGUUCCAAAUCAUCCGCAACAAGUGCUUCCAGAUGUACGACGACGACGUCUACCAGCCCAUGAGCGUGGCCUCUUCCAGCAAGUACUCCAAGGUCGCAAAGUACCCGACCCGCAACAUCAGGACCCCCGUCGUCCUGGUCUACGGCGGCAGCGACUCCCUCGUCGACAUCAAGUCCAUGCUCCACGAGCUGCCGCGGCAGACCGUCGCCACCGAGAUCCCGCACUACGAGCACCUCGACUUCCUCUGGGCGCGCGAUGUCGACACCCAGGUCUUCCAGCACGUCUUUGACGCCCUCAACAGCUUCACCGACGCCGAGCACACCGAGGAGGAGUACGACCGGUACCACUUCGUCCGCCAGGAGAGCCUCGUCGGGUCCGCGUACGUGCACGCCCAUCCGCACAGGGGCAGCGAGAGCGACGCCUCCGUCGUGGCAUCGUCGUCCUCGUCGGGCGAAGAGGCCAGGAAGAAUCUGCAGCACCGCGCGCGAGAGCAGCAGCGCGUCCACCAGGCCAUCGCGCCGGAGGAUAAAGGACCCGCCAAUAAUAAGAGCGCAGAAGAAGUAGCCCGUCCUGUCGAAAAGUUGAGGGGCGUGGGCGUCCGGAGAGGAAGCGGUCUUGCUUCCGGUAUUGUGCCCACCCAUGCGGACAGCGUCGAUGGUGCACGAGAUGAUUGA